AUGGCGGCUCGACCACCCAUGAUGCCGCCGCAUAACGAAACGGAGCAUUCCGUCAGCCGGAUUACUCGCGAAGGCAAACAGUUAACCUAUAAAUUGAGCGUGAUGCAACAACCAGAGCGUGCGCGAGCCUGUGGCGCUGGUGCCAAAUCAUCGGCUGACCGUCGCCCCGUCGAUCCUCCGCCUGUUGUGGAACUACGCAUUUUCGAAUCCGAUCCGGGCAAUGAGGCCCAAAAGACCGAUAUUACUUUCGCCUAUAAUGCCAAUUUCUUCCUCUACGCAACCCUCGACACAGCGCGCCCAAUCGCACACGGGCGGGUGGCUGGACCGCCGUCAUGCCCCGUAUUAACAGGAGUGCCUGUCGCAGGUGUCGCAUAUUUGGAUCGCCCUUCACAAGCAGGUUAUUUUAUCUUCCCGGACCUGUCGGUCCGUCAUGAAGGUCGAUAUCGCCUGAGCUUCCACCUAUAUGAAGAGAUCAAGGAUUCAAAGGACGCCGAUAAGGACUCGCAUAUGCCGCUACCGAAUCAAGUCAGCCCAACCAACACAUCCAAGCCAGGCGCGCCACAAGCAUUUCUUCACUUUCGUCUCGAGGUUAAGUCAAUACCGUUUACGGUGUAUAGUGCGAAGAAGUUCCCUGGCCUGGCCACCAGUACCUCAUUGAGUCGAAUAAUUGCAGAGCAAGGAUGCCGUGUGCGCAUUCGACGUGAUGUUCGCAUGAGACGCCGAGGUGACAAGCGCGAAGAGGAAUAUGACUUUGAUGAGGAGCGAGCGGUAUAUGCUCGGUCAGACAGGUACUCAACACCAGAUCGAUAUGUCGCCCAAACGGUGGAACGACCCCGAUCGAAUAGCAAUGGCAGCGCCAUGGAAUCGCCGUACGGAUUCGGACCCGAGAUUCAACGGCGGCCAUCGGCGCCCGACUAUGGCUUCCAGUGCCCCCAACCCUACCAGAGACCCAUGCCGCCCGCGCCUAUGUCUCACGCCCAAACCCCCUCCUAUCAAUCUCACCUCUCCUUCGGUUCAACAUCUACCCAUUAUCCUAAUGCUCACAUGCCCCCAACACCACCGCCAGUCGUUCCUCCUGGAAUGUAUUCGCCUCAUAGCAGUUACGCCAACAUUCGACACUCGUCGAACGCGUCAGAGUACGAAUCCUCAUCUGGGUACCCUAUGGCCCCUCAGGUACCUGAACGAGGUGGUUAUCCCAAGAAUGCCAUGACCUCAUACCGCGUCGAAGCCCCGAAGAUGCAGCAACCGUAUAUGGUGCCCGAUCCAAGCAUGUAUCAGGCCAUGCCCCAGGGCAUGAUGCCUCGCGCCCAGACUCCGAAUCCCGCCCAUCCCUCUCACCCUCUUCCGUCUCUCAAGACCGUACCGAAUGACUAUGCCAACGUUGCAGCAACUAUCGAGAUAGGCUCUCCCAGUCCAGGCUACGACUCCGUCUCAGGCAAACGUAUGCUCUACCAGACUGGGCCUGUUUCUGGCAAGCGCACUCACGAAGACUCAUUUGGCCUUGAUGAUCGGUCAAUGCAAAAUGGCAUGCGUCCCGAUGCGGAGCCUUACCCAGCUGCCUAUCGCGACUUCUCUGCCGAGAGCCGGGCAGCAUUGAUGGCUGAAUUAGGCCCAGACAUGGCAUACAAGCGAGCUAAUGGGCGAAUGGUCAUGAAAGUACCCCCCGGUACCUAA